AUGAAACCACGCAACCCUGCUCGGGAGCGACCCUAUCAGCUAAUGAAACCACGCAACCUUGCUCGGGAGCGACCCUAUCAGCUAAUGAAACCACGCAACCUUGCUCGGAAGCGACCCUAUCAGCUAAUGAAACCACGCAACCUUGCUCGGGAGCGACCCUAUAAACUAAUGAAACCACGCAACCUUGCUCGGGAGCGACCCUAUCAGCUUAUGAAACCACGCAACCUUGCUCGGGAGCGACCCUAUCAGCUUAUGAAACCACGCAACUUUGCUCGGGAGCGACCCUAUCAGCUUAUGAAACCACACAACCUUGCUUGGGAGCGACCCUAUCAGCUUAUGAAACCACGCAACCUUGCUCGGGAGCGACCCUGUCAGCUUAUAAAACCACGCAACCUUGCUCGGGAGCGACCCUUUCAGCUAAUGAAACCAUGCAACCUUGCUCGGAAUCGACCCUAUCAGCUAAUGAAACCACGCAACCUUGCUCGGGAGAGACCCUAUCAGCUUAUGACACCACGCAACCUUGCUCGGGAGCGACCCUAUCAGCUUAUGAAACCACGCAACCUUGCUCGGGAGCGACCCUAUCAGCUGAUGAAACUACGCAACCUUGCUCUGGAGCGACCCUAUUAA